UAAAAUUUCCUUUUAUUGGUUUAAUUCUGAAAAAAUUUAUUUAUUUUUUCUUUGAUACCCUAUAAUGAAUUGCUAUUAUAUCUAAAUGGUGUCAUUUAAAGUGGCUUGUGCAAGGCAAGGUCUCCUUUGACAUCAUCUCUUUAGGUUGAGUCAAAAAGAAAAUUUUGAGAUGCCCAAAGAAAGGAACGGAAAAAAAAGUUAAGUGAUUCUUAAGUUAAAUUUACUGAUAAAAGCUUUAUCACAUGCUACUCCUAUAAUAUUAUAACUGAUACUGACUCACAAGAUUUUGAGUCUCAAGUUUCAUAAAAAGAUCAAAAUUAGUUUUUUAGUUGUUUACAUAUUAUUUUUAUUGAUUUAUUUUUUAUUGAUAUUUACCUCCCCAUGGCUGAGAGGGUCUCUACAGUUAAGGAUGCUUGAUUGUUGUUGCAUCUAGGGGUGUGGAGUUGUAAAAAAAAAGUAACAACUCUGACUACAAUUGUUGAAACUUUCAGAGAAAGACUCCAACUCCAAAUUCAAAGCAAAAUUUUUGAAAAAUUCUUUGAAUUCUUAAAAAGAAUAUUACGCGAUAAUAUAAAAUUUUUUUUUUUGCCAAAUAUAUGAAAAAUUCUUUGAACGUUAAAUGUUUUAUAUAUGCACGUGCAAUACCCAGAAGUUUUACUAUUGGAGUUGGAGUCACAAUUUUGUUUAGUGACUCUGCUACAAAUGUCACAACUCUGACUCUCCCUUAAAAUGCAUGAUAAUAGUUUUGCACAAGAAUUUGUUAAACAACUCUCACGUGUUGGUGGAAAGUCACCUAAAUAUAUGGUUAAGGACCUAAUUCAAAGAUUGAUGUCAAAUGAUCUUCAGACAAAAUUCAGCAUGAUUGGUUUAAAAGGAAAGCUUAAGUUUGAAAUAACUUUGUUGUAUAAUGUAAUAAAUAAAGCAGUAUUUAAUGUCUUUCCGAAUGCUACCAGCUCAGAAGUACGAAUAGAAGUGAUGAACCAUUUAAAAUAUGCUGCAGAUCGUAAAAACCGGAAAACACUUCGGACAAGCACCAGAAAUGAUGUCAUGUCUAUCAGUUUGAAUUUUGCAGAAAAAGCCAUAUUAUAGAUAAGAAAUACAAAGAUAUUCAAUGACAUCAAGGUCUACAAUAUGUAGAAAGACUAAUUCUUUGAUUGCCAGUAUAUUAGAAAAUAAUAAUUAUCAAAGUUCAACUGGUGAGUUUUUUUCUAGUCCAAUUCAUAAUAGUAUUGAUAAUUUUGAAAGUGAUUCUACAUUACCAAUAACUGAACUCUCUUCAACAAGUGAUGAUUUUAGUAACUCUUUUGAGUCUUUUCAUUCUAAACAUUGUCCUGACUUGGCAUAUGAUCUUGCUCAGUGGGCGGUUAAGCAUGCAGUUACACAUUUUUCAUUAAAUGAUUUGCUUAUUUUGUUGCAAAAACACGGACACAAGGACUUACCAAAAAAUUCUAAAACUUAACUUAAAACGCCUAAUUGUGUGCUUACUGAAAAUAUGUGCUCUGGUGACUAUAUCUAUCUAGGUUUAGCUACUGGUAUUAAAAAUAUGCUCCAAGGUGAUGAAGC